AUGGCAGGCCCAGCGUCAAAUUCAGAAUUGUUUAGCACGUUUGUGUCGCUUGCAGACGACAUAAAGAACUUACUGGAACUUACGAUAGAUCAAGCAUUUUACGAUUGUAAGAUAACUAUGGAUUUUAAGUUCUGGCUAGAUAUGGAGGAGUGUCUGAAAUGCAUAUCACAAGUUAUAACGAAACUCAGCCUGGCUUGCAUGGAUCCACCGUUGCCCACCUCAAAAGAGCUUUGGCCAUUCUUGAAGACUUUGAAGUUAUCUCUGACGAAAUUAUCAUUUUAUUGUGCUACGUACUCACAUUACCUAUAUGGCAUGUCGUUAAAAGUGAGUCUAACAGAAACUACUGAGAAAGUUUUUGACGGAGUCAUCAAAUUGUUGAGGCAUAUAGUCGAACCCGAUUCUGAAAAAAGAAAGAGGUACUUAACGUCAGCAGGCUAUAUAUGGGAUGUUGCAGAAAAUUUCCCCAAGUUACCUAAAGAUAAUAAGGAGGCUGUUUUGAUAAAGAUGAAGGAGGUUCUGCAUAUGGUAUCUGAUGCCUGUGAUGAACUGACUGAGGCCCAAACAGUAUCCGGACUUAUCAAAGCAACCAAAUUCUGCCUAAUAAAGUUAAUCGGAGCUAUAGAAAAAAACGCAAAAACCGAUUACAAUUAUCCAAACGAACUUCCUAAAAAUCCCAGCCAGGAAAAUCCCGAUGUGGAAAUUCCCAAUUUUGAAUCUGCAGAAAAUGAAUCAAUACUGUCUAGAUUUUUCCUAAAUAAAGGUCAGCUUGACCUAAAUAGUUUGCAAUCAGAGCACAACGGCCCAAUGACGAGCGGCGACCCAGCCAAGAAGUUGUGUCAACUAAUCGCUGAAGCCGGCGAUACGAUUUCUAGUGACCAUUUGGAACAAAGUAGAUCAAUAGAAGUCGCGGAAAACAACGCAGAACUCGAUGAUCAAAACGAAUCUUCCGAAGAUUCAAAUGAGCAAAUGGUUAUAAGAACGAAAUUCAACCUAAGCAAUUUAAUCGAAGCCAUGGAAAACGACUUAAAAGCCGAUAAUAAAAACGAAUUUUCUCAAAACUCCAGUAGGGAAAUUCCCAUUGGGAUAAUUCCCAGUGUUGGGGCUAUCCAAAAUGAAAUGUUACUCAAUGAAUUACUUCGAACUAAGGUUGGUCAGCUUGACCUAAUUAGCAUGCAAUCGGAGCGUCUCAGCUCGCUGACUGACUGCCUGGUCACCAUGCUCUACCCACCAAUCACCGACGUCAAUGGCAUCACUUCUACUAUUAACGAAUUGGAGGCCAACGUAGAUUGGAUUAUUUCAUUGGCAAAGAAGUCCCAUUACAUCCCAAAAGAUGAAAACAAUUCCUGGUUGGAUUUCGUGGAGAAAGCCUUCAGGCACAACGCCCACAAAUCAUUUACAUCCAUCGAGACAUUCGUUGCAAGCAGAAAUAAUUUACAACAAUGA